AUGUCGACGGGGGCACCGUUGCUGAGCGUGGAUCUCUCACCACCCUCCAUUGGACACAAUCAUAGUCAUGGACAUAGUCGCAGUCAUGGCCACUCUCGAUCCAACCGCUGGGCACAACCUCCACCUCCCCUCUCACAGCCAAUGGGUGCUACCCUUCAUGAACACCCGGAACCAAUCAAUGCUGUGAAUCAGAGUUAUUCAUAUGGAAAUAAAAAUCAAACAUCGGGCCACGGUCACGCGCACUCGCAUUCGCAUUCGCACUCCAGUGCACCUCACAAGCAUAGCCCUAGUGUGUCGUCUCUCCACCAUGAUGUGCUAGACGAUCACCAUUUGAAAGGCACUGAUGGUGUUCACGGAAUGUUAUAUACGGAUACCUCUACACGGGGAGGCUAUAGUUCAGAGAAUGUCCACGAGUUUUUGACUAGCGCACUUAUCGUGCUGCCGUGGGUCACGCUUUCUUGGUAUCAGAGACAGUGUGCCCAAAGCCAAAAGCUAUCCGGUGAAGGCAUACCUGGUACGACAGCGAACAUUCCUAUCGGACAAGUUGGCCAAAAGGCCUGCCUUUUGACAGCGAUCAUCCUCGUCCUCUUCGGCUGUGGGCAAAUACUGCGGAUCAACCACCAAAAGGCUGGCUCAUUCAGGCUCUUGCCUGUCAUUUUGCCGAAGCUGAAUGUGAAGAGCGUCCAAACCUCACUGUCACAAAUUGUCUCAGUGGCACUGCCAAUAUUUGCAGCACUCAAGAUCGGAGGUUUUUUGGUUGCAUUUACGCUGCUCCUUGCGACAGCAUCAGGGGUCCCAGCCAUCAUUAGUAGAUCCUCGCGCACCCAAGAGAAAUACAGUCGAAAGAUUCUCUCCAUUGCUCUGCUAGCGGUGAUUAUCAUAUUGAGUUUCACUGGACUGAACCAUCCUUGGGAUGUAUCUCCAUUUAUUGGAUAUGCUGCCCUUUUAGGAUCCGUCUUUGUUGCCCCUCCUCCAUUUCCUUCCCUCCGUCACAGUGGACCUAUUCCUGAGCCAGGCAUUGUUGCUGCACAGAGCAAGACUCCACGCACGAGCCACUCCGUUUUGGUCACGACUGAUGCACCACUGGCCGUUAUAGGCGGGUCGGCCCUUGCACUUCUGAUCACACUUUUCAACCGAGGAUCUCUCUUUAGUAUCUCGGAUUCUAUAUAUCUCCUUAUCCCCAUAGGGAUUUUUGCUUCCUCGCUCAUGUUUUCCCUGCCCACAAGCCUCCGCUCUUCCAGAAAGGCUGGACUGGCCGUUUGUGUCGGAGCUGCAGCUUUUCUUUGUGCCCCACAUGCUGAAGAUGACUUGCUCAUGAUUUAUGCCACACGUGGUAUCUUGGCUACGGCCGCUUUCUUCGCCUCCCGAAAAGAUGACAAGCAUUUGCAUCUGGAUACCCAUACGCAUAAUGAUACGCACGGCCAUUCACAUUCACACACAACCUCAGAAUCCUCCCGAGUAUCCAAGUGGCUUCUCCAUAAAAGCGAACCUUAUCAAUUGUUGCACAGCAUUCUCAAGGAGAAGGAUUCUCGUAGCAUCUUCUACUUCAUGUGCCUGAAUUUCACUUUUAUGCUUAUUCAAUUAUCAUACGGGUUCCUGACCGGAUCACUGGGGCUGCUUAGUGACAGUAUUCAUAUGUUUUUCGAUUGCUUUGCGCUUGUUGUUGGCUUAUGUGCCGCCGUCAUGAGCAAGUGGCCCCCGAAUGCUCGAUUCCCCUACGGCUAUGGCAAAGUUGACACUUUGUCAGGGUUUGCCAAUGGGGUUUUCCUAAUGAUUAUCAGCCUGGAGAUUGUUUACGAAGCGGUGGAACGGCUCUCGUCGGGGAGUGAGGUCCAUCGUCUAGGUGAGUUAUUGAUCGUCAGCAUUGCUGGCCUGGGAGUCAACUUGGUCGGAAUCCUCAGUUUCGAGCAUGGUCAUGCUCAUCACGGCCAUGAUCAUGAUCAUUCUCAUGGCAAUGAGAACAUGCACGGUAUCUUCUUGCACAUUCUUGCCGAUACGCUUGGCUCAGUGGCAGUCGUCAUUUCAACUAUUCUCGUGCAUUACUCUGGUUGGGCCGGCUACGACCCAUUGGCAUCAUGCUUUAUCGCCAUAUUGAUUUUCGCAUCGGCCGUUCCUUUAGUUAGCAGCACGGCCAAGUCACUGCUACUCACUCUGCCAGCCGACACCGAAUAUAAUGUUCGGGAAACACUAGCAGGAGUCAGCACUUUAAGAGGCGUGGUUAGCUAUACGGUACCUAAAUUCUGGCUUGAUGAUACGGGGAAAAUAUCUUCCGGGGAUAGUCAUUCCCAUGAUCAUUCCGGCGAUGGGGAUUGUGAGCAUCACCAUGAUCAUAGCCACAGCCAACACCGUCAUGGUCAUGGUCAUGGUCAUGAUCAUGACCAGCAUCACGGCCACAAUCACAGCCAUGACCAUGGCCAUGAUCACGAUCACGAUCACGGACAUGCGCAUGAGAAAAAACCCCAGAACGUUUUCGGGGUAAUUCAUGUCAUCGCUUCUCGGGGGGCAGAUUUGGAAGAUGUACGCCAACGGACUGUCGAUUUCCUUCGAGAGAAAAACAUGGAUAUUCUUGUCCAAGUUGAGCGGGACGGAGAUGCGCGCUGCUGGUGUGGCGGUGGAAGCAAGGGCUUUUGA